AUGUCGAACAGCAGGAUACUUAUCACCGGAAGCAGUGGUUACAUUGGCGGCGAGGUACUCGCCGCUCUCUUGGCCUCCAAGAGUUCCGCUGUACAGGCAGCUACGAUAAGCUGCAUGGUCAGAGGCGAGGAGAAAGCCGAAGCGCUGAAGAAACUCGGUGUGACGCCACUGCUUUUCAACUCUCUUGACGAGACGGAGAUCCUGGCGGAAGCGGCAAGCAACCAUGACAUUGUCAUACAUGCCGCCUCUGGCUUUCAUACGCUCUCGGCACGGGCGUUGGUGCUAGGACUGGCGCAAAGGAAGAGGAAGACCGGCAAAGAUGUGCACUAUAUUCAUACCUCAGGAACAUCCAAUGUUGCCGAUCGUCCAAUCUCAAUGCAAUACGUCGAGUCUCGAUAUCCUCUGUCCGACAAGGAUGAUAUCUUCGCAUAUAUGAAGACAAGGGACGAAGACGUGCCCUACGCCCAGAGGACAUCCGAUAUCGUGAUCACAGAGACCGGACUCGAACACGGCGUCAAGACGUACGUUUUGAUGUCACCAAGUCUGUAUGGAAUUGGCGUCAGUCCGUUGCACGAGUUCUGCCACGUUCCGAUAUUGAUUCGUGCCGGAUUGAAGCUUGGAAAGGUCCCCGUUGUCGGCGCCGGGUCCGGUAUCUGGGACCAUGCCCAUAUCCAGGAUAUGGCCUGUUUCUAUGAAACUGUCGUAACCAAGAUCCUCGAUGGCCAAGAUAUUCCCAGUGGCAAGGAUGGAAUAUACUUCAUUGAGAGUGGGGAGCACACGUGGCGCGAGAUUGCCGAGAGAGUGGCCGAAGCUGGAGUGGCUCUUGGAGCUCUGCAAACCACGGAGCUCCAGACUCUGGAUUUACAGGGCUCAAGGGACACCCUGGGAGGAGGCUGGGGAUUGAUUGCCGAGAUUGGGUGGGCAUCUAAGUAA